CCACUCCCUCACUCUUCUCCAUCUCUAGUCAAAAUAAAUCUCAUAGUUUCAGACAAACAAAAAAAAAAAUAAAAGGGAAAAAAUGUCUAAGGAAGUGAGCGAAGAGGGACAGGGCGCGCACCAGCACGGCGGCAAGGACUACGUCGAUCCGCCGCCGGCGCCUCUGUUUGACUUCGGCGAGCUCAGGCUCUGGUCUUUCUACCGCGCCCUCAUAGCGGAGUUCAUAGCCACACUCCUCUUCCUCUACGUCACCGUCGCCACCGUCAUCGGCCACAAGAAGCUCAACGCCGCCGACCAAUGCGACGGCGUCGGCAUCCUCGGCAUCGCCUGGGCCUUCGGCGGCAUGAUCUUCGUCCUCGUCUACUGCACCGCCGGGAUCUCCGGCGGCCACAUUAACCCGGCGGUGACGUUCGGGCUGUUCCUGGCGAGGAAGGUGUCUCUGGUGAGGGCGGCGUCGUACAUGGUGGCGCAGUGCUCUGGCGCCGUCUGCGGAGUGGGGCUGGUGAAGGCCUUCAUGAGGGGCUACUACAACAAGCUCGGCGGCGGCGCCAACGGGGUGAACGCCGGAUACAACAACGGCACCGCCUUGGGGGCGGAGAUCAUCGGAACCUUCGUCCUUGUCUACACCGUCUUCUCAGCAACCGAUCCCAAGAGGAGCGCGCGUGACUCCCACGUCCCGGUAUUGGCUCCACUUCCGAUAGGGUUUGCGGUGUUUAUGGUUCACCUGGCCACCAUCCCCAUCACCGGAACAGGGAUCAACCCGGCGAGAAGCUUUGGCGCCGCCGUCAUAUACAACAGCCCCAAAGUCUGGGAUGACCAUUGGAUCUUCUGGGUGGGACCGUUUGUGGGAGCAUUAGCGGCGGCGGCGUACCACCAGUACAUCCUCAGAGCAGCGGCGGUGAAGGCUUUGGGAUCUUUCCGCAUCAACCCCCCAGCCAACUGAUGGAUUUUUUCACUUACAUAGUUCUCCGGCGGGCCGCCCCUCUGAAUUAAUCCUUUGCCGCCGGCGAUCAUUAAUUUAAUUAAUCCUUCAAUUCGUCUUAGCUUCACCUUACCCUUUUUAAUUUGUUUGUUACAUGUCGUACUUAAUUAGCUUUCCUUCCUUGAUGAUUCUUAGUUAGUCCUCGGCUUUAGAUUGUAAUUGAAGUACGUACGAAGUAAAUGUUCUCCACACUUCCCUUUUUUCUCCGUUCUAAAAUUACCUUCUCAUUAGCAAAAAAAGAUGACAAAUGAC